GAGGGGUGGGGGUGGGUACGCGUCAAUCAUGGCCGCUCACAUAAUACGAUGGUUUAAUAGAUUAUACGUUUUGACGUUGAUAUGCCCCAUCUGUGUCACGGCUUUCUUAAAUUUGGAAGAACUGAAUGAGAUGAAAUAUGGCAUUGAAAUUCUUCCCGAUCCCGUCAUCUUGGGGCAGACCAAGGCAGAUGAGGUUAUGAUGGUGUCCAGCAAGUACAAGCAGAUGUACGAGUGUCGACUUCCAGCCCAAGCGGUCCGCUUUCACCAGGACCCGGCUUCAGAGCCCGACACGGGAACCGGGUACACGGGACCGGACAUCCCUGAUCUACUCAGAACAAUGCAUGAUUCCCCCUGUCUAGUGAAGACAAAAGACUGGUGGACGUAUGAGUUCUGCUACGGUCGGCAUAUCAGGCAGUACCACCUUGAAGACUCAGAAAUCAAAGGGAGCGUUCUUUUUCUUGGUUACUUUGAGUCUGAAUUUGAUUGGCACAAUGAAACAGCAAAGGCCGCCAAGCAGCACAGAUUGAAGCGCUACCACAGCCAUACCUACGUAAAUGGCUCCAAGUGUGACAUCAGCGGGAAUCCCAGGGAGGCCGAAGUCCGGUUUGUGUGUGAAAACGGUUCUGCCGACUACAUCGCCCGAGUGGACGAGCCCCAGUCGUGUCGCUACGUGCUGACCGUUCACACCGGUCGCACCUGCCAGCAUCCUUCGCUGCGGCCUCCUUCCUCUGGCCAGCCUCAGGGGAUCGUAUGCCAGCCGGCACUCAGCGCCCAACAAUACAUGGACUACGUCAAAGCACAAGUCUCGGACACAAAGCGUAAAGUGGAGCAAAUCUCCCAGGAGCUCAGGACUCUAGAUGAGAUGUUGGCUGGUAAUGAAGAGGCGGCGUCACCCGUGGAAGUGGCUGCAGAGGAAAGCUCACCAGAACCGAGCGCUGAUGGCCCAGACCGGCCGGACACAAAAGCAGAUGUGGCUGCUGUGUCAGAGGAUGCAGGGUCAGAAGAGGCAGAGGAUUCUCAAUUUUGGGAGGGGGUUGCAAAACCAGGAAGUCCAAAAACAAGCGCUUCUCACCAGGGACAUGAGGCAGCUGAUGCUGACAUGAACUCACAUGCAGACAAUGAAGUCAUAGAUGACGACACUGAAGAUGAAAAUUUCAAUUUCAAAAUCAUCACGGACCCAGCAGACCUGAUGAAGUUCGUCCAGCAUCUGAAGGAGAGCAACAGAAAGAAAGCGCAAAAGCAAGCCAAACGCCGAGCAGAGCAGCAACAAGCCAGGGAAAGGGCGUCGGCCAAGACCGGCAAGGACGAGGGAGAGGAUGACGAAGAUGAGCUGCUGCUUCGGGAGUUUGAGGAGGAGAUGGCGGACGUCUCAGUGCCGGCUGAUAAAAGUCAUGAGAUAAAAGAGAAAAUGCAAAAGGAGUUUGACAACAUCAUUGAUGAGGCGCAGCAGGAAUUGGAGACAGAAGGUCUGAAAGGCGAGUUUGAUCGCACUCAGGCGACGCAAGCACUGGAGACGACACUGGAUAAGCUGCUGGACCAUCUGGAGGAGAAAGAUGAGCAGGACCCUAUCGAGGACCAAAGAGCCAAUGACCCAACCCGGGGCAGCCCUGGCUUGGUGCCCAAGCAGCCUGAGCAAGACGCUGAUGACCAUAUUAAGAUCAAAAUAACUAAGUAUAAGGCAGGCAGCAGCCCCGAUGGCGAGUUGACAGUGCAGGAGUUGGACAAAGGAGAUCCCGAGUGGCAGCACAUAAAGGAUGUGGUUAAAGAACAGCUAGAGAAAGCAGGACUGAAGGCCGAAGGUAGAAUUGAGGUGAAGAUCUUGACACGAAAGAACGCAGAAGAGGCGGGCGAACAGUGGCUGACGGAGCAAGAUACAAAGUCCUUCCGAGAGCUCCUCAUAAACCUGCUGACCGGAGGCACAGAGGAAGUUUACAAGGAGCAAAAGCGCCUGCAGGAGUUGGAGAACAACUACAAGUUUGUGUGGGGCGAGGCCCGGGACGAGUCCCAGUCUACCAGCACGUCUGACUCGGAGGACGUAGAUUUAUGAGCCCGCUGGGGGCACAUUCGGCGCCCCAACCGAUUGGUGUAAUUGCUACUAAAGCCGAAGGUGACCUCACAUGUACACACCUUCAGGAAGCUUGUCCAGAGUGGGUACGCGAGAUUUAUGUUCAUCACUGUCAGCUCUACUUGAAUGAGUAAUCAUGGGAUGUUGUUUUUCCUUUCAUGGCUGCAAAAACAAAACACAACAAAUGAUGUACGGAGAUAUUUCAUUGAAGGGAUGGCACAUGCCUCACCCACACACCCUUUCACAGGUCAUGUACCUUCCACGGUAGUCAAAACACACUAAACAACAACAAGGGGCAAACACUCGAGGUUCUGAAGCCUUUUGACUACUGCCAGUAAACACGUGUACGCUUACGUUUACUGACACGCGCUCUGGCACUUUAGGAUUUCAGACACAGGCCGUUGUCAAGGAAAAUGCACCUUUUUGGGGGGAAUUUUGCCCAUCGUGCAAAAUCCCCAUGUGAGACACGAACGCACGUCUUUCUCUUUUCUGAGCCUUCUAAAGAUAUCAACACAGAUAAAAAGAGGCAGCUAAUUCAUGCACGUCAUGGGACGCACCCAUUCUGCCUCCAAAAAGCACCAUAACCUGAGCUGCAUAUUAACUCAUUUGAUCCCAGCCAUUUUCCAAAAGACAACCCCUUCAGUAGCGGCCAUUUUACACCAUUUGGACUCAUCUUUCAAGGCACACAGAAUAUUGUAUCGUAUGGCUAAAUAAACUUGGACCCUAACAAAAGAAACAUUAGACUCUCAUCUUCUACCUUUUUGCAUUCUUUAGUAAUCGGCAGUAGAACAUACAGUAGAUACGAUUCAGGAAAAUGUAGGUUCCCGAAUAAAAAAAAGGUUGAAAAGCAGCUUUUUGUGAAAAGAUACAUUUCAAGCAUAUACCGUACCUGAUAUACCGUAUUUCCCGGACUAUGUUUCACUUUUUUUCCAUGGUUUGUCUGGUCCUGCAACUUAUGCUCCAGAGCAACUUAUGUUUUAUGUUUUUGUUUUUUUCGUACUGACAUCCACGAGAGGGCGCUCCAGGUAGGCUUGUGUGCCAGUAUCUGCUGUUCCUGUCGCCCCUGCACCACUGAGAAUGUACAACGUAAAUAUCGACUUAAAGACAACCGAGAACGACGGAACACAAAUGCCCCCAAAAAGAAAAGAAUAUUCUUCUGCAGAUGACAAGCUGCGAGUAAACUAGUUAUGUUUAGGCUAUAGGUAUCUGAUUAACUGUUACGUUAACAGACGCCUAUUUAGCCUGAUGUUGUCUUUUAUUAUUGCUAGAACUUGCCUUUCAAGAUGAAAUGUCUGUUCUUGGUCUCACGUUUUGUCAAAUAAAUUUCCCCCCAAAAAACACGACUUAACAGUCCAGUGCGACUUCUAUGUUUCUUUGUUUUUUUUUUUUUUAUUGUGCAUUUUUGGCUGGUAGUGUGGAAAAUCCAGUCUAUUGACAGUUACAAGUGGCCCUCAAGCAAUGUUUUUCUAUCUUUACAACACACAGUAAGGAGAAAGACGUGUGUUCCUGCCAAAUAAGGAUUGUGGAUGAUGGGCAAUAUUCCCAAAAACAAAAAAGUGCACUUUUCCUCCAUGUAGGAGGAACUCUUUAAUUCCAUGAGCUGAGUUUUUGAAUGCCCCAAUAAAUUCAUUGUACCAGAAAACACAUAAAGGCUCUUUCGGAGGUGUAUGCAAAGGGCUGGAUUUUUGUGAGUAAUCACGACUCUGCUCGUAUAUAGUUAUUUUUUUCUAAUUGUAUUGGUUGUGGUGUGUGUGUGUGUGUGUGUGUGUGAGAGCGAGAGAGCACAAACAAGGCAGAGCUUCAAAGCUGUGUAGCCGAGUGACAAAUGAGUGCAAUCUUGGAAGCAAGUCAGACCGCAGGAAUCAAUGAUAAACUCACCUUGCUCAAAAAGCCUUUAGGGCUUGUCAAGAUGAGGGAAGAAGUGGCCCUGAUGCCGUCACAGUCAUACUGGAACAUAUUGGGAGGAGCACACGUACCGUAACAUUGUGCUUGUGCGAGUAUGUGGAUGAGUGUGCGCACAAGGUAGGUGUGUUUUAGUAGCUUUUGUGGGCCGGUAUUGCUACAAACUCCUCUUAAAACAAACAUUUGGUCCACGUGAACUGCUUUGUAAGGUCUCUUUGAAAUAAAAGUACCUGACAGCUGUGUAAAUGAUUACUGUGGUGAUUACUGUCACCAUCCUGAUCAGGCAUGUCUGGCACGGCAUGCUGACUGACAGCGCUAUCGGCCUGGGCCGCUACUAACACAUCUAUUAAUUCCUCUGUCAACGUUCCUAAACAAACCGUUAAUGCAUGCUGAAUAAAAAUAAAAAAAAAAAAAAAAUUGCCUUGUUGCAGUAGCCCAGUUGCAGAAAAAGAAAAAUAAUGCAAUUCAAUAUGAAUAAAAUAAAAUACAAUAUAAGGAACAAUAUUUGCAUAUUUACAAAUAGUGAGUAAAAACAUACAUCUAAAAAAUAACAUUUAGAAAAAUAUAUACAGGAAAUAAAAAUAUAAUGCAAAUACAAUUUGCAUAUAACACCAGGAUUUUAAUUACAAAUGGUUUACGGCGGUAAAUUCCACAAAUGCCUUUGCGUAUCAAAUUUGACUCCCGAAAACUAGUGGCGAUGUGCGAUACCACCGAUUUACUUCUUGAUACGAUACUGAGUCAAAUUCAGGCUUGCCGCAAAUACACCUCAUGUGUCUGGUCAAUUCAUAAACGUACUGUAUCUCACAUCCUAGCAUAACACACAGCAUCAAAAAUAAUUAUUUGAAACAAGUAAUUUUGGGGCAGCUGCAUAAUUUACA